AAACUGAAAUUGGCCCAACGAAGACCCGUCGUUGCAUCGGACAUCUUUUCCAUGAGGUCCCUAUUACAAAUACCACAGGGAUUCAGUGAAAGGGAGAGAGACAGAGAGAGCCCUUUGCUGAUUCCACCACCUCUCUGUCGUUUUUGUCCAUUAAGAUGGGAGAUGAGGACCGAAAUUACAGUCUUGACGAAGCACUUGUGGCUGUGGGAUUUGGACAUUUCCAAUUUUUUGUCCUUCUGUAUGCUGGGAUGGGUUUGGUUUCAGAAGCGAUGGAAAUGAUGCUUCUCUCUUUUAUAGGACCUGCAGUGCAGGCUGCAUGGGGUCUUUCAUCUCACGAAGAGAGCCUAUUAACCACCGUGGUUUUUGCUGGUAUGCUUGUUGGCACUUACACAUCGGGAAUUGUUUCAGACAACUUUGGUCGAAGGAAAGGAUUCCUUUUUACAGCACUGGUUACUGCAGGAGCUGGUUUGCUUAGUGCAUUCGCUCCAAAUUUCAUCUCACUGGUAAUUCUGCGUUGUGUGGUUGGUAUUGGUUUGGGAGGUGGGCCUGUGCUCUCAUCCUGGUUUUUAGAGUUCAUUCCGGCUUCAAACAGAGGCACUUGGAUGGUUGUUUUUUCAGGUUUCUGGACUCUCGGCACGAUUUUUGAGGCUUCACUUGCAUGGUUUGUCAUGCCAACCUUGGGUUGGAGGUGGCUACUUGCUUUCUCUGCUGUUCCAUCAUCACUACUUCUUUUGUUCUAUGGCUUGACCCCUGAAUCACCAAGGUACUUAUGCAACAAAGGACGAGCAAAUGAUGCACUAAACAUUUUGGAGAGAGUGGCAAGUAUGAAUCAGAAAAAGCUCCCUUCGGGUGUCCUAAUUUCUGGCCACCAAAUUGAGCUACGUGAAAAGCUUGAUACAUCAGAAGAUGUACACUUGCUUUCGCCAGAAAAAGUGGAGCAUAUAUCUCCCAAUGUUACAGAUUCAAAUAAUAAAGGUUCUUCAUCACUGUUUAUGCUUUUUUCACCAGAAUUAGUUCGGUCAACCCUACUCCUGUGGGUAGUAUUUUUUGGAAAUGCAUUCUCGUAUUAUGGCCUCGUUCUGCUGACCACGGAGAUGAACAAUGGCCAUAAUAAAUGUGCAGUGACCGAGGUGCAUUCCUCCCAAGAUGUUAGCUACGCAGAUGUUUUCAUCACCAGUUUUGCUGAGGUUCCUGGGCUCCUUCUAUCUGCUGCCACAGUGGAUAAAUUUGGUCGUAAGCUCUCAAUGUCGGCUAUGUUCUUCCUUUGCUCCAUUUUCCUUGCCCCGUUGGUAUUUCAUCAGGCUCCGGGUUUAACAACUGGUCUUCUGUUCGGAGCUCGCACAUGCAUUACAGCAACCUUUACAAUUGUGUAUAUAUAUGCUCCUGAGAUAUACCCUACAUCGGUGAGAACAACGGGAGUCGGAGUUGCAAGCUCAGUGGGAAGAGUUGGUGGGAUGGUAUGUCCUCUUGUGGCAGUUGGUUUGAUACAUUCAUGUCAUCAAACUGCAGCUAUUGUUUUAUUUGAGAUUGUCGUCUUUCUCUCCGGGACUUGUGUAUUGUUCUUCCCAUUUGAAACCACGGGUCGUGAAUUGAACGAUAGAGUAACAGUGCAAAACAAGUAAGAACUGUAGAUUACAUUAACCAUGUGCUGAUUUAUAUUGCUUGUACCUUCUUCCAAAGGAAUACUCAUUCAUGGAGCCAAAGAGCACCCUACCUUGGCCUGUUGUAUUGUUUGAUAUUUGAAGCCAAUUUGUUCAUAUAUAAGGAUUUGAUUGGGCUCCA